CCAUUGGUUACCGUUGUUUUAUUCUUCCUCAUAUUUUACACAUCACAAUAUUCCAGCCAUAAUACAUUUUUAACAUUUUAUGUUAAAUUUUUAUUUUAUUAAAUUGAAUUUACAUUUGUCAACUGAGCAAUAAUUUUUAAAUUCAAUUGAAAAUUUGUCAAUUCAAUUUAAAAUUUGAAUAAUAUUUAAAAUGGAGCUUACAACGGAAGAAGCUCAAUCACGUGUUGCUUUAUUAGGGGCACAUACAAAAUCCCUGUCUACAUUUUUUGAAGAUUUCUCAAGUCCACUAGCUCUACCAGAUGAAGAUACUGAUUACAAACCUUUCGGUGAUAAAAGAUAUAAAAAUCAGCUCCAAUUAAUUAAAAAUGGAUCAUCCAAAGUUUUAAAAGUUUAUAUGGACGACGUCAGACAAUACUUUUUGAAGGAGAAUAAUGAUAAGGAUUUUUAUGAGGGGUUGAUGAUGAACACUUACCGUUACCUUGAACUUCUCUACAUUGCCUCAGAAAUGGUCCUCGAAAAAUUAACCAAAGAUGAAAAUCACCCAAAGUUUGGAUUAUAUUACGAUCCAAUUGAUGAGUUGAGAGUAUCAAGGAUGAAACAAAAUAAACUGCCAAUCAACCUAAGAUCCAACUAUGACAUAUUAUUGAUAAAUGGAAAUGAUGAUUAUAUAAUGAAGAUGAAGUAUGUGAAUGCUGAUUUCGUCGGAUGUCUCGUCUUGAUUGAAGUUGACGUUUUCAAAGUCGCUAACAUCUCACCAAAAUUGCUCAUUGCCACCUACGAAUGCGACAUCUGCCAUAAUCACUCCUAUAAAACUAUUGAGGGAAAUAAUUAUAUGCCGUUGAUGGAUUGUGUGUAUUGUGUGAGUACAAGAAAUGUUAAAUCAUCACUAAAAUUUCAUCCCAAGCUGAGCAAGUUUGAGAAGUAUCAAGAAAUUCGAGUUCAAGAGCCUCUGGUACACUUAAAUGAAGGGGAAAUGCCCAAAAAUCUCAAAUGCCAACUUACCAAUACGUUGGUUGGAUUAUUGAGACCUGGAGAUAACAUUUUAUUGUAUGGUAUAUUAUUACCGAUGUUUAAGGAGGGAUUUAAUAAUAAUAAAUUCACACUGCUGUCUGACAAAGUGUUCAAAAUCCUCAACAUCACACACCUGAAAAAAGAUUUUAAACUCUACAAGCAAUUAUCCAACAAUUAUUUUCAACUGAAGAUGGAAGAAUUGAGUAGAAGCCCGAAUGUAUAUGAAAUAUUGGCAAAUAGUAUAGCACCAGAUAUUUAUGGACAUCAAGACAUCAAAAAAGCACUCCUACUACAACUCAUUGGAGGAUGUAAUGUGGUGAAAAAUGAUGGUGGAUUUAUAAGGGGGAACAUUCACAUAUUAUUGCUGGGUGAUCCUGGCGUUGCAAAAAGCCAACUAAUGAAGAGAAUCUGUCAAAUCUCAACCAGAGCAAUUUAUACUACAGGGAAAGGUAGUUCUUCAUCUGGUCUCACUGCUGCAAUUGUUAAAGAUCCCGUUACUGGAGACAGCGUAUUGGAGGGAGGUGCUUUGGUAUUGGCGAAUAAUGGCGUCUGCUGCAUUGACGAGUUUGAUAAGAUGGACGACGAGGAUAGGAGUGCGAUUUAUGAGGUUAUGGAACAGCAGAAAGUUUCAGUAGCAAAAGCAGGUCAUGUGACAACUCUAGCAGCUAAUUCAUCAGUGUUGGCAGCUGCUAAUCCUUUAUCCGGUGUCUAUGACAUUAAUAAGUCGGUUUUCAUCAACAUUAAUCUACCGCACGCACUACUCUCAAGAUUUGAUCUCCAGUUUUUACUGCUGGACAAUAUUAACUAUAACAACGACUACAAACUCUCACAAUACAAACUUAACAAUCUGAACAAUAGUGCUGUUAACAGUGUCAACACUAGUAACACAGUCAGCAUGGAGAAUACUCAGGAAACCGCUAGUAACACUGGUAGUCAGGACACUAAUACCAAUUCCCACACCGCCGACAAGAGGAAAAGAUCUAAAUCCAGCUCAAAGAAAAAAACUGCCAGCACCACUAAUAGUGCCAAGAAUACUGCGACUAGUGGGCUACCAUCUGAUACAGUGGUGAAUGUGAAUUUAUUGAGAUAUUACAUUAACUAUUGUAAAAAGUUUAAGCCGGUGGCGAGUGAUGAUAUUCUGAUGGAGUUGUCCAAAUGGUACAUCAACAACAGACAAGAUGAACUACAACAAGAACUCUAUCAAAAUUAUCAAUACUCCUACACCACUCCAAGAACUAUCCUGUCCAUUCUCCGCCUGUCACAGGCAUUGGCGAGGAUGAGGUUUAGUAAUGAUAUAAUCAUGUCAGAUUUGGAGGAGUCGAUAAGGUUAACGGAGAGUAUGAAGCAUACAAUCAACUACGAACUCCUACAACAGAAACACAAAAGAAAAACUACCACCUCCUCCAAUAUCAUGUACAUCAUCAAAAAUCUGAGGAAUAAUUUGAAGAACACUAAAGAAAAUUGGGACGGUUGGAUAAAUAUAAAUGACGUGGAACAGCAGUUACUAUCAAACGGUUAUAAAACUAAAGAUUUAACUGACUUCAUAAGCAAAUACUCGCAACUCGCAAUCAUUCUCCUCAACAACAAUAACACACAAUUAUCAUUUCCACAAGAUGUAAUAUGAUCAAUCCACU